AUGGUAAACAAAUCUUUAAUUUUGACUGAAGAAUUUCUUCGCAUUCUUCUUCAAAUGAUGCAAUGGCCAAUGCAAAGAACACCAACUAUCGAUUGUUUAGAAAAUUCCUUACGAAUAUUUCCAAUGAUGGUACAAGCACUUUGGCCGAGAAACAGUAAUUUGCUUCAACUUCCUCAUCUUGCUGAAAGAAAUUUGGCCAUACUGAAAAGAUAUCGGGUAAAUACUUGUCAGGAUUUGGCUAAACUAAAUGAAUCAAAAAGACGUUCAUUGCUCAAUACAAUCACCUCUGAUCAAUAUGAAGAUGUUAUUUAUGUUCUUUCAAUGAUGCCAAGAUUGGAAAUUGAAACAAAAGUUGAAGUCCAAGGAGAGGAUGAUAAGGAAACUGUUACAAUUGGCUCUGUUGUUACUUUAAAAGUUACACUUACUAGAUUUCCUCUUUUGGACUUGGAAAAACGAAAGGAGGAAAUUGCAGAAGGGAUAAAGAAAGGAGCAGCUUUACAACUUCAACAGGAGUGGGAAAAGUCCAUUGAUGAUAAUCGAGAUGAAGAAGAUGGACAAAAACAAAAUAAACGAAAAGUCUGGGAAAAGCAGCCAAAGAAAAAGCCAAAGAAAGGGGGCAAACCGACACAAAAGGCACCACCUCAAAAACAAAAUAUGCCAAUAAAUGAGCCAAGCGAGGAGACAAAUACAAAUGUUGAGAAAACAGACAAAGAAAUAACAGAUAACAAUCAAAUCAAACCUAUUGACAAAAAACAAAAUAAUUCUGAUCAAAGUGAUGAUUUCGGAAGCGAGUCUGAUGAUGAAACUGUUUCUGGUAAGAAUGAAGAAAAUGAAACUAGUGAUAGAGAAUCAACGGAACAUCAAGGAGGUAAAUAUGGAGGGCCUUCUUCUAGUGACGAUGAUGAUUGGAAUGAAAAUGACGAACUUGAUGAUGAUUUUGUAACAAAAAAGGAAGUUUUGUUAGAAAGUGAACCAACAAAUUAUCACGAAGUUCAUUGUCCUUACUAUCCUGGUGAUAAAUAUGAAUGGUGGUAUGUAUAUUUGCUUGAGAGAAAAACUCGAAAAUUUGUUACGUUGGUUCCUUGUAAGACACUUGAUAAAGAAAAGACGUUGGAUCUACGUUUUGCAGCUCCUUCACAAAAAGGCAACCAUUUAUAUACUUUACAUGUCAGAUGCGAUUCUUAUAUGGAUUUUGAUUAUUCAGUUGAUGUUAAAAUGGAAGUGCAUCCAGCAAGAGAGCCUCCACAAGUUAAAUAUCACGAUUCGGAAGAUGAGGCUGAUUUACAGGAAAAAUUGGAUUCAUCUGAAGGGGAAUAUACAGAAGGGUCAGAUUCGGAACAAGAAAAAUGA